AUGCAGCUUCUCAAGUUCUUUCUCCCGCUAGCCUUGAGCGCACCUUUCUCGGCGGCGCAACCACUCGAUGAGAGAGCGAUCUCUUCGAGCUGGGCUGGGGUCAACUCGUACUUCCUUCAUGCCUACCAGAAGACUGAUCGUCUAGCUGUACUCGACGCGGUCAAAGAUGCGAAACUCAAGACGCUGCGUAUCUUCAUCUCUCCCACGCCUCAAAACAACAAAGACACUGGCUCAGUCAACAUGCCCGAUAUCGAGCCACAGCAGGUCGGCACAUACGACGACACCCAGCUGAAGGCCAUUGAUCAGCUGAUGGUCGAGGCGCAUGACCGAGGUAUCAAGCUCAUCAUCGCUAUGCAUGAUCGCUAUCAACUGGGCUGCUGGGGUAAUGAUACAUACGUGUCGAAGUACAAACUUCCUGCAAUCGACUGCGCGAGGACGCCCGCCGCUCAGAACGACGUGACAUUCUUCUACCAGGACGCAUCGCCCAUCUUCGACUUCGACAACCGCCUCACACACAUUCUUCAACACAAGAACGCGUUGCUCUCGGGCUCACCGCAAUGGAAGGAUCUGUCAGACUAUAUCUUCUCGUUCAAUAUCCAGAACGAGGGACAGGGACAUCUGCGCAACAACAUUGCGCCUGCGCCAGAAUGGUGGUGCAAUCGAAGCAAGAAGAUGCGAAGCAUCAUGGGCAGCAGCGCCAUUCUUAUCUCGACAGGCGGUGGAAACGAAUUCCCCAACUCCGACAUCCCCGAGAACUGGAGCUGCGCGACUCUCGAUCUCGUCGACAUCCACUCUUACAGCGGCGUAUCCGAUUGGCGCAACAAAGCGCCCAUUGCACUGCAGCACGCCCAAGCCGCCAAGAAGCUCGUGCUGUUCGAGGAGUUCGGUGCGUCUGGUUCCAACAAGGCGAGCGUGGUGGGUCAGCAUAUCGACAUCUUCAAUGGUCUCAAGGUGCCGUGGAUGAUUUGGCAGAUCAACAAGCCGGGUAAAGGUGCUGCGGACUUUGAGUUCUGGACGAAUGAAGACACGUUUGGGGUUGUGAAGCAGGGGAGUGCUAAGGCUUUGGGUAUUGCGGCGGCUCAGACGUUUCCCAACCUUGUAUAA